AUGAGUAGUAAGCAAUACCCUAGCCUAAGACCUAAUGCAGGUAGAAGAACAUUGGGAAGCUCACCUUCAGCACCAGUAAUAAUAAGUGCACCCAAAGAUGAAACGGGGCUCCUUCCAUACAGUACCAGAAAAGCUCUGGAUAAUGUAUUAAUGAAUAGUCUUUCAUCAUCACCAUUCAAAGACAUAGAGAAACCUCAAUACUCAACUAAAAGGAAACAAGAGAAAGAGAAGAAAAAGAAAGAAAAAGUCAUCCUAAUACAUAAUACAAACGGAGGUUGGACUCCAAGUCCUAAAAAAAAGAAAAGAUCCAUACUAGAUAGUUCAAGUCCCCUCAAACAAGAUUCAAAUCCACUAGAAAGAAAUACAUUCCCCAAUUUUCCAAUAAAUGUAAAAGACAAUGAUUCAGAUGAUGAUAAUGAUGAUGGAUUUGGAACUGUUUCAAUUCAAGACAUAAAAAAGUCACCUAAAAAAACACCAGAAAAAUCAGUAUCAGAGAUAAAUUUAGAUCUAACGGAUGAUGAAGAUGAUGAUAUAUUUAAAACCGUUAAGGUCAAUAAAAAUAAACCUAAAAAACCUUCAAAAUCACAAGAUGCAAAUAUAGAACCUGUUAAUUUAAUCCACGAAUUUGAAUUGAAAAAAUAUGGAACCAAAAAAGAUAUACUAAGGAAACAUAAACAUUUAAAUAUUCCCCACUCAAUAAGAUCAAGAAAGAAAUUAUUAAAGAGAGCAUCAAGAUAUUAUAAAGUCAUACCAGAAAUACUAGCAGGUAAAAUAGAUCCAUCGAUAUAUUAUGAGAGAGCUAAAAGAGAAAGUGAAAAAUCAAAUCAUGAUACAAUGAUAGCAAAAGAUAAAUUAAAAAUCAAUUGGGAAUCUUUUUAUGGUGGGUACUACGGGUUCCAAAGACAAUCAAUAAUAGGUAGUGAUAUUUUCAAAAAAUUUGAAUCUAGUCUAAAAAAAUCAAGUUCUUCAAAUAAUACAGUUAAAUAUUGGUCACCUUCAAGUUUUGCUAUUCAUGUGCUAGCUAAUGAAAUUAUUAUAAGAUUGAUUAUAGAAGAUUUGAAAUGUAAUUUUGAAAAAGCUGAGGAGGUUUGUCAAGAAACUACUGAUUAUGGUAUUAUUAUUGCAGAUCAAAUUGAAAUUGAGAAUGAUCUUGCUUUUGAUGAUAAUUAA